CCAUAAGUGUGAAUAGCACCCAUAGAUUGAUAGCGCCGGUUUUCCUUUAAUUUCCUAUUUAAUUAGCCUUAAAAGGUAAAAUCUCAACAAUGGAGGCAAUUUUAUUAAAAUUACUGGUGUCGGACAGCAAAGUUAUACAGGAGGGCACCAAAGAGUUAAAGGAGGCUUUCAAGAAACCGGAGGCGAUUCCCGCGCUUUGCGAUGUCGUUGUCACCUCACAGAACCCACAAAUUAGACAGUCUGCAGCUGUUUUGCUUCGCAGAAAAUUGGGAAAGAAAAGAUUGUGGACCAAGUUGAACGCAGACAUAAGACAGAGGAUCAAACAAGGGAUGUUGCAAGCUUUAGUAAACGAGCAGGAGAAGUUGGUGAAAAACUCCAUUGCACAGUUUAUUGGAGUUUUAGGGAAACAUGAGUUUCCUGAUAACUCUUGGCCUGAAGUUUUACAAUUUGUGCACACUCUUUGCUCUAGUGACAACCCCAUUGAUAAAGAACUUGGAAUGUACACCCUCUCAAUUAUGACUGAAAUAUCUCAUGGAUCCUAUUUGGUGCAUGCAGAUUCAUUUGCAUUGCUCUUUACCAAUAUUCUAGGUAACUUGACGGAAUUAGAUUCAAAUUUAGCCUAUUAUACAGUAGAAACUAUGAAGAAUUUUGUUCCAAUUAUUAGUGGGAACCAGGCGCUGAUAAACGUGUACCACCAACUGCUCCAACGCAUCCUCGAAAUAAUCAACGCUUUCUCGCGCAAGGACGAAAAAAAAACAUGCGACCUCUUGGAAGUGUUGGAGGAACUAAUCGAAUACGCAGUGUCGGUCGUGGUGCCGCACAUCCGAUUGGUCAUUGAGCUUUGCCUGCAAAUUGGGCGGGACAAGAAUUUGGACACUAGCGUGCAAAUCAAAGCUAUCAGUGUGGUUGGUUGGCUGAUUCGCUCUAAGGGAAAAGUGGUGCAAAAACACAAGUUGGUCGAACCAAUUAUCGAUGUUUUAAUAUUACUGAUGGCCCAACAGCCUGACAAUGAGGUUAACGAAGAUUAUUUCCUCGGCGAUCCAGAUCAAUUCACUUCCAUCACUAUUGCCACUCAAACUUUGGAUUUAAUCGCUUUGCAUGUUCCUGCAGAAAAGGUUGUGCCAUACUUGCUGACCAAAGUCGAACCUGCAAUUCAAGGUGGCGACAUCUACGCACAAAAGGCCGCCUACUUGUCGUUGGCGAUCCUAGCCGAAGGUUGUGCCGAUAGCAUCCGAAGAAAAUAUUUGGAACCCUUUUUGAAAUGCGUGUGUACGGCCAUACACAACCCCAACCCCGUAGUGAGAAAUGCAGCUCUGUUCGCUUUGGGACAAUUCGCUGAGCAUUUACAACCUGAGAUCAGCAAAUACGCUGCGGAACUUUUGCCUGUGCUAUUUGAGUGUUUGGCUCAAGUGUUACAUCAGAUGGAGACGGAGAAAAAGGAUCCUCCCAGUUUGGAUAGGUUGUUUUAUGCGUUGGAGACUUUCUGCGAGAAUUUGGAGGAGGAGUUGAUGCCAUAUUUGCCCACUUUGAUGGAAAGACUUUUCGUGGCUCUGGACCCGAACGGGUUCUCCCUCCAACUGAAAAGAGUGUCCUUGAGCACUCUGGGCGCCGCAGCCACCGCCGUCAAGGACGGAAUCCUCCCCUACUUCCAGAAAAUCAUCGAGAUCCUCAACGUCUACAUCAACUCCGACCCUAACUCGGAAAUCUACGAGUUGCAGUGUUGCGCGAUCGAGUCUCUGGCCGUCGUCGCGCAGUUCAUCGGCGUCGAAAAUUUCAAACCUCUCGCCGGGGAGUCCCUCAAUCUGGCCAUGCGCAUCCUGGCCGAAACCGACGACCCCGACGUCAAGAAGAGCAUUUACGCCCUGUUUGCGGCGUUGUCGAUCGUCAUGAAGCAGGAGAUCAGUCCGGUGUUGCCAAAGGUCGUCGACAAGAUGAUCGAGACCAUCAUGAGCAGCGAGGGCAUUGUGACUCACUUCGAGGAGGAGGACAAAGAGGAUAUCGAUGUGUACGCGGAGCUGUCCGACGAUGAAGAGGACAUCGAAGAGGACAUCGAUAACGCUUCGACAAGCAGCGCCGACUCCACUCAGUGCAGAUAUUCUGUAGAAAACUCGUAUAACGAAGAAAAAGAACAAGCUUGCCUGGCUCUAAGAGAAAUUUGCAUCAAUACUGAGGCCGCUUUCCUACCUUACAUCGAAAAAUCCUUCGAGGAAAUCUUCAAACUUAUAAACUAUCCUCAAGACGACAUACGUAAAGCUUCCGUGGAAGCUCUUUUGCAAUUCUGCGUCACCCUGCACAAAAUCGACACGCCUCAGACGAAAGACUUCCUGCUCAAGGCGCUGCAGAUGUUCGUGCCGAAGUGCGCCGAGCUCAUCCGAAUGGACGAGGAACGCGGGGUCGUCAUGGUGUGCGUCGACGCGUACGCCACGCUAUUGGACGAGGUGAAGUACGCCGUUUUCAUUGGCGACGGGCAUCGCGAGGCCAUCAUGAACUGCGUCAUCGAUGUUUUAACCCUAAAAACAAUGUGCCAAGACACGGAUUUGGGCGCGGGCGGCGGCCCGAACGAAGACAACGAAGACGACGGCGAGGCCGAACAGGACGAACUUCUUCUAGAAUCGGCCGGCGACGUCAUCCCGAAAUUCGGGGCCGCCAUCACUCCGGACGAUUUCGUGCGCUACUUCCCCAACAUAUUGCAGCUGAUGUCCGUUAGAACGAAAAAACAACACAGCGUAGCGCAAAGGUCCUUCGCGUUCGGCACGUUGGCCGAAUGCAUGAAGUGCCUCGACGUGUACGUGGAAAAAUUCGUGAACGACUUGUUGAACCUUUGGAUGACUGGAGCCAAGGAUCAGGCUGAAGAGGUCAGAAAUAAUUCCGUUUUCGGGCUGGGCGAGAUGAUCUUGCAUGGAAAAGAUAGAAUAUAUCCUCACUAUCAAAACAUCCUCCAGAUGCUCUCGGUGCUGGUCUCCAAAGAAUCGCACGUUGGCACUCUGGAUAACGCUUGCGGCGCUUUAGCGAAAAUGAUCCAAUCAAACCCCACUUUGAUUCCCAUGGACCAGGUCUUCCCCGCUUUCCUGACCAAACUGCCGCUGCGCGAGGAUUUCCAAGAGAACGAGGCCGUAAUCAAGUGCUUCUGCACGCUGUACCAGAUGGGUAAUGAACAUAUCAAGCAACAAAUGGGAGAUGUAAUCAAGGUUGCCGCCCACGUCUACCACAACGAUCAGUGUCCCAGUGACGAAGUUAAAGGAAUUCUAAUCGAAUUCCUGAAAACGACAAAUCGGGACUUUGUGGAGGUGUUUGCGACUUCCGUUUCUCAACUAGGGCCGGAAGUGACGGAGUCCGUUAAAAAAUUGUUCGCUUCAUGAGAACCGAAUUCAUUUUCUAGCAAUAUUAAAAUUAUUAAAUAAUUACCGACGGUAUAAAUGAUAUUAUUAAUACAUAUAAUGCAUGACGAUAUGGAAAAAAUAAGGACAAUAUAUGACCACUGAAAUUUAAUUUAAUUACAAGUGGGGUGCUAAGGUUCUUUGAGAAAUACCAGAUUCAGUAAUAUCACUAAAUUUGGUUAUUUUUUUGAAAAUCAUGGGGAAGCUUUUAUAAAAACAAUUUUUUGUUAUAAACUACAGUGUGUAUGAACAGUUGAAAAUUUUAAAUAGUUUUAAUUAUAAAAUGUUAGUUUAACGUUUUUAAAUUAUUUAAAUACAAAGUUAAUGUUAAUUUUUACUUGUAAUUUUAUAUAAAUAUAUUUUAUUUUAUUUAUGUAUGGCCCA